CGCGGGCUCCGGGAGGGGGAGCUCCGACCCAGCGGCCGACCCCACCGAGGCGGAGCCAGCACCCCGUGCCCUCCAGAGCCGCCGCCGCUCGGCCCGCAGGUGGGGUGGGGCGCUGCCCCUCGCCCCUGGCUGUCCGCCAGGAAGAAAGAGAAGGAAACUCCACUUGCUAACGCUGCAUUCUGGGCAGCAAGGAGAGGAAACCUGGCCCUGCUGAAGCUGCUGUUGAACAGUGGUCGAGUGGAUGUGGACUGCAGAGACAGUGAUCCCUCUCUCUGACAUAACGAGGGCCUAACUGUUCAUCUGUCUCUCCUUCAUCCAGCAUGGCACCACCCUCCUCAUGGUGGCCUCCUACGCAGGCCACAUUGACUGCGUAAGGGAACUGGUUCUGCAAGGAGCAGAUAUCAACCUCCAGAGAGAGUCAGGUACAACUGCCCUUUUCUUUGCUGCCCAACAAGGUCAUAAUGAUGUCGUGAGAUUUCUCUUUGGAUUUGGAGCAUCUACGGAAUGUAGGACCAAAGAUGGGGGCACCGCCCUGCUGGCUGCCAGUCAGUAUGGGCACAUGCAGGUGGUGGAGACCUUGCUGAAGCACGGAGCCAACAUCCAUGACCAACUUUAUGAUGGAGCCACUGCCCUCUUCCUAGCGGCCCAAGGUGGUUACUUAGAUGUUAUUCGAUUAUUGCUGUCUUCAGGAGCAAAAGUCAACCAGCCGAGGCAGGAUGGGACAGCGCCCCUGUGGAUCGCGUCCCAGAUGGGCCACAGCGAGGUGGUGCGGGUGAUGCUGCUGCGGGGUGCAGACCGCGAUGCCACGCGCAAUCAAGAAAACAAAGUCAAAGUGAAAGUCCAAGUCGGUGGAAACUUCGAUGGUGCCAUGAAUUCUGGGCGGAGUGGGGAGCCACGGAAUCUUGCUGGGCCUCCGGACGGUACCACAGCAUUGUUGAAAGCAGCCAACAAAGGGUAUAAUGACGUAAUCGAGGAGUUGCUUAAAUUCUCUCCCACUCUUGGUAUUUUGAAGAAUGGGACGUCAGCACUCCAUGCAGCCGUGCUCAGCGGGAACAUUAAAACAGUUGCCCUCCUCCUGGAAGCAGGGGCCGACCCAGCCCUGAGAAACAAGGCCAAUGAACUUCCGGCAGAACUCACCAAUAAUGAACGUAUAUUGCGUCUCCUCCGAAGUAAAGAAGGACACAGGAAAAGCUAAGUUAGUCUCAUGUUUGACAGAAAGGUAGAAACCUAAACCACAUUGUCCAAAAAGAAAGUGCUUUUUGCCAGGUGUGGUGGUACAUACCUAUAAUCCCAGCUACUCUGGACGCUGAAGCAGGAGGAUUGCAAGUUCAAGGCCAGCUUCAGCAACUUUGUGAGAUCCUGUCUCAAUAUAAAAAUAAAAACCAGGGCUGGGGAUGUAGCUCAGAAGUAGAGCUCCCCUGGGUCAAAUCCCCAGUAUCUAUCUCUCUCUCUCUCUCUCUCUCUCUCUCUCACACACACACACACACACACCCACGCACACACACCCACACACACACUUUUCAAUGUUGAAAAUGCUUUUUAAAAAGAACAUGCUUAGAAUGCCCAUCCUGUGGGACCCUAACAAAGAGCUGAGUCAAGAACAGAAGAGCUCAAGGUCUCUGUCCCCUCACUUACAGUGAGUUUAUUACACUGCCCUGAAACUCAGUUCCCGGGGACCUAGCAUAUUCAUGGAUUCCACAGAAAUUCAUUUGCUGCUAGGCUAACUUGUGUCUCAGAGUUAAACUCAAAGUUGGACAGGGUUUUCAAUAGUAUGCAAAGAGACACAAAGUUUUGUUCCUUUUAAAAACUGAAAGAUUGACCUUUCAAUGAAUUGAUGCACUUUUGCUUUUGUGUUAAAUGUAGGUGUGCUAAAAUACGUAGAUGCAUCCUAUUUUACAUAUAUGGACCUAAACGUAUGUCAUUUCAGUGUUAAAUGUUUUCUUCCACCGAAGAUCAUAGCCAUGAUAAUUGAGAAUCAAUGACGUGCAAGCAUACAUUAGGGAAAGCCACUUCUGACAGCCACCAUGAGCUAUUUAAGAGGGACUGUUGAACUAUAGAAUGGGCAACCCAUAUGUUUGUUGGUUAAUGCUAAUCUUAUUCCUGACAUGUAAAAAUCCUUUUCACUUAGUCAACAUGGUAGGUAUGUUAGGAUACAAGUGGCAAAUUUGAAAAUCCAGAAAAUUAUAAACUAUAAGAAAUGUAGGCUUGUCUCUUUUGAGAUUUUAUUUUGGUUCUAUUGUUGGGAGUCUAUUUCCCAUACAACAAAUAAGUAGACCUAAUAUGCUGUGGAAUCUUGAGCUUCCAAUACUGCACCGCUUGAUACAAUGACUGAGGUCCUCAGAUAAAAUAUGAUAUAUGCAAGUACACGAUGCUAUCACUAUUGCAGGAGUAUAAGUUAUAAAAGAUGGUUGUUAGUAUUUGGUAAGUGUUCAUCUAUGCAUGGUCUUGGGUUGACGGAUUCCAAGAAGGAAUUCUGAGUUUUAUUGAAUUAUUCUUUUAAGGGGAAUUAAAACUUACAUUGAAUGCACUUUAUGAUCAAUGGUGUCUAACUGCCUCUGUCGGUGCCUAACUGCACACACACAAAACUAAACCUUCUUUCUAUAAUCUCCCAUAAUAAAUUCUAAUAGUAUUUCUGUUAUUUAAAUACAUUGUUAAUUUUCUUGCUCCUGUUUUGCUCUGGUUUCUAGCCAAUGUUCUAUGUAAAGACACAUUAAUAUGGAGAGAAAUAUUAUAAUCCCAGAAUAAGUUUUGUUUAAUCAAUUUACAGUGGUGCUAAAAGCAUCAUCUUUAAGUCAGUAAAUGAUAUAAUGUAAUUUUUGAAAGUACAAGAUAUUCUCUUACAUUCUUAUGAUUAAUACAAUAAAAAUAAGCAUAUUUAUCAAUGUCACAAGCAAAGCCACAGCCUUCAGAGAUACCUAUUACCUGACUAGCUAUACAGAAAUCUUCAGCCUAAUUCCAAGAUGAAAGAUUAGAAAGCUCUGUGUUGCCAAAACACUCAAUAUAAACAUUUUGGUAGCUACAAAGCAGUGCCAAUUUCCUUGUUGACAUUCUUUUAUUCAGCAAAGUUAUACAAACACACAUUUUCCCCUGUGGGAAUUUCAAAAAGCUAUAUUCAUUUUUAAGAAGAAAAUAAUGUGGCCUUAAAUGCUUUAUAAUUUUCCCUUUAGUUAGCCCUUAUACCAAAAAUAGUUGCUCAUCCUCAUCCAAAACAGAACAGCUUAAUGGGUAAAUGACAAAUUUUCCAAAGACAAAAUCACAGACUUAAUAUUUUUAAAGUAUGUUGUCAUUGGUCUAUUCCUUAGAUGUGUUAAGUGGAUAAUGUUCUUGAAUAAUAUUAGGGCCUUAAAAAUGAAUCUAGUAGCUUUAAUAAUAUUUAAUGAAGGCCUCUUACUAUAGGUAGGAGGUGUCUAGCUUAGAAGGAACACAUUUGAACUAGAGGAAAUUAUUAUAUUAUCUACAGCGGCAAUGAUGAUCAAUCACCUACCAAAGACCGAACAGAAGGUCUGUUCUUUUAAAAAUUACAUUUUAGUUUGCACCACAUGUAAAUGAUUCUUAUUUUACAUUUACCUAAUUCACAAUUCAAUUAGCUCUGCAUCCUAGGACUUAAAACUAUCAAGUCUUAGUGCAAAUCAUCUGCUUACUUAAACUACAGAAAAUUUUCAUUACAUGUAUUUGUUUGAUGACACAUUCCACAUUGUCAUUCAAAAUAAAGUUAAUAUACUACCCA